UUCAUUCUAUUUUCACUCCCCAUAGAAAUGCGCCAGUUUUCAACUGUAGACCCAAACGAAUCCUCAAGAAGUUGCAGAUCCGCUCGCCUACUCGCAUGUCAGCUUUAACUGCUUGCCCAGUUGCCCUAGACCUCUUCUACAAUGCGGGUACUUGUCUAAGUUGGGUAGCUUGCAUACUUGGAUGCUGAAAAUCCCAAAUUUAAAUCAUCUUACCUUCGAAUGGAGUUUACGGAGCCUUACAAGCAGAGCGGGCCGUGUUCUUUCUCGCCCAAUGCUCGGUUUAUUGCUGUCGCAGUCGAUUACCGUCUCGUGAUUCGCGAUGUACUCACACUCAAGGUGGUGCAGCUGUAUUCAUGCUUGGAUAAGAUUACAUACAUUGAAUGGGCUCUGGAUUCUGAGUACAUACUUUGUGGUCUCUACAAGAGACCAAUGAUACAGGCGUGGUCGUUGAUGCAACCUGACUGGACGUGUAAAAUAGACGAGGGGCCUGCUGGUAUUACUUAUGCAAGAUGGAGUCCAGACAGUCGCCACAUACUUACAACAUCCGAAUUUCAGCUCAGGUUGACUGUGUGGUCACUCUUGAACACGGCAUGCAUACAUGUCCAGUGGCCAAAGCAUGGCUCUAAGGGGGUCUCGUUCACCAAAGACGGAAAAUUUGCUGCAGUUUGUACGAGGCGUGAUUGCAAAGAUUAUGUCAAUCUGCUUUCUUGCCAUACGUGGGAGAUAAUUAGUGUCUUUGCUGUUGACACGUUGGAUUUGGCAGAUAUUCAGUGGUCACCUGAUGACAGUGCAAUAGUGAUAUGGGAUUCUUCUUUGGAGUACAAGAUUUUGAUAUAUUCCCCAGACGGGCGUUGUCUUUCCAAAUAUCAAGCAUAUGAAAGUGGACUAGGUGUCAAAAGUGUUGCAUGGUCCCCUUGUAGCCAGUUUCUAGCGGUAGGAAGUUAUGAUCAGAUGCUGAGGGUUUUGAACCACUUGACAUGGAAAGUAUUUGCAGAAUUUACACACCUAUCGACUGUACGUGCACCUUGUUCUGCUGCUGUUUUCAAGGAGGUGGAUGAGCCCUUGCAACUUGAUAUGUCGGAAUUAACAUUAAGUGAUGAUCUUGUGCCUCAAAGUGGUGAUGAUGCUCCUGAAACACGAAUUGAAGUUAGGUAUGAUGUGAUGGAACUGCCAAUCAAUCUACCUUGCCAGAAACCUCCAGCAGAUAAACCAAAUCCCAAGCAAGGAAUCGGUCUCGUAUCAUGGAGCAGUGACAGCCUGUACAUCUGUACUCGCAAUGACAGCAUGCCCACUGUCCUCUGGAUAUGGGAUGUACAGCGUCUUGAGCUUGCUGCCAUCUUAAUCCAAAAAGAGCCUGUUCGAGCAGCUGCCUGGGAUCCAAUAUGCACACGAUUGAUUUUAUGCACAGGCAGCUCCCACUUGUACAUGUGGACACCUUCCGGUGCCUAUUGUAUAAAUGUUCCUCUAACCGAUUUCUCUGUAACUGACCUGAAAUGGAAUUUUGAUGGAAGCUGUCUCCUUCUCAAGGACAAGGAAUUUUUCUGCUGUGCUGCUGUGCCCAUGUUACAAGAAUCCAGUGAUUAUAGUUCAGAUGAUUGAUGACGUUUGGAUUGCCAACUGGGUAGAGUCAUUCUAUGGAUUCGGUGGUACUGCUUGAUAUAUUAUUGUAAAGGUCUGUUCUUGUCUGUAUUAACCGCCCAGAAAUGUGUGCCUUUUUAGUUGAGAAUCAAUGGUAAAUCCAGUAUUACAAUUGAGACUAAAAAGGUUGGAUCUUUUGUAGGAUGAGGAUGUAAAGGCUGAAUACCAGUGGCAUUUACCGUUAUGAUCGAA